AUGUUGAAAGAGCUGAGGCGUUCAGAAGAAAGCUUUGAAGAUGGUUCUAAAAUCGCCUACCUACUCCAGGUUGGUAAACAUGCAGAUUCAGUAAUCUGCAAAAAUAUAACUGUAAGCCUCACCUUUUAGCCUGGCUAGUAAAUGUUGAAUUGGAGACUUAUGCAGUCGGUUUGGAUAAUAAUAUCACUCCAGUAACAGCAUGUUGGGUAAGGGGGCCAGUUACCAGUAACGAUCAAUGGAGCGAAUUUUCCCUUCGUAAACGGUCUUUGCCAUUUUUAAGACACUCAAGGCCUGAAUUUUACACGGACUGUCGCGGUUUGCCGCUUUGAGAACGAGAACUCUGUUAAACGUAACAAAAAUCAUCAAAAUUUAUAAGAUUACAAGAGAACAAUGCCGAUAUGGGCACUUUACAAAACAACCCAGCCUUGCAGAUGGGGCCAUUCCGGAUCAUGUAAUCAGGCUCUAAGAAAAUAUUUGUCCUGUUUUUCAUAACUGUCUUUCUAACUUACACAUCGGGUCAUGUAGCAGCUGCUCAGAAGAACACUUCUCUACUCAUCCUGUUGGCCCUAGCUUUUUCUCUAACAUUUUACGUAACUCUGCUUUAAGAUUUCUUUUUUCGUAGACAUUUGCCUCAUAUUAACUUAAUCCGGAGAAUUUUUAACCACGACGAAAUAGGCAUCAAUUGUUAUGUGCAAACUGAAAGAUCUUUGACUAAAUCUGUUCCCUUUUUUCAGGAACCUGAUUUACGCUAUCUUGUAGAAAACAUUUGGAAUAGCCAGAGCGUGCUCAGCGCUCACGAAGACCUGUUUGACCUGAUUCUUGUACGGUGGAAUAAGUACGAAGAGUAG